AGAAGGAGCAGGAGGAGGAGGGGCAGAUAGAAAGCCUGGCUGGUGGAAGAGCUGCUCCACUCCGACAGAUAACCAACUUGCACGGAGUGAACCCGCGACGCAAACCGCCGCCGCCGCCGCCGCUACUGCUGCUGAGCCCCCCGGCUCAGCCAUUCGUCUGUCUGGGAGUUUAGCGAGCCAAGCUAACUAGCUGACUAAGUCGUUAUCAUAGGAACAACAAACUGGGCUGUUUGCAAUUCUGGACGGCAGAAUUAAACCAGAGUACUGUAACUAGUUGUUUUAGUUGCAAUUUAAAAUGUCUAUAUUACCGUUCACUCCUCCAAUUGUGAAGAGGCUCCUCGGCUGGAAGAAAGGAGAGCAGAACGGGCAAGAGGAGAAAUGGUGCGAAAAGGCUGUGAAAAGUCUUGUGAAGAAGUUGAAAAAGACUGGACAGUUGGACGAGUUGGAAAAAGCCAUCACAACACAGAAUGUCAACACGAAAUGCAUAACCAUACCCAGGUCUUUAGAUGGGCGUCUUCAAGUCUCCCACAGAAAAGGUCUUCCUCAUGUGAUAUACUGCCGCUUGUGGCGCUGGCCAGAUCUGCAGUCCCACCAUGAGUUGAGAGCGGUCGACCACUGUGAAUUUGCCUUCCACACCAAGAAGGAUGAAGUCUGCGUCAACCCCUACCACUACCAGAGGGUGGAGACACCAAUUUUGCCUCCUGUCCUAGUGCCACGACAUACAGAUAUCCCCGCAGUGUUUCCACCGUUGGAUGACUACAGCCCAUCCAUUCCUGAGAACACCAACUUCCCUGCUGGCAUCGAGCCCCAGAGUAACUAUAUUCCUGAAACUCCCCCACCAGGGUAUCUGAGCGAGGAUGGUGAGACAAAUGAUCACCAGCUCAACCACAGCAUGGACACAGGUUCACCCAGCCUGUCGCCCAAUCCUGUGUCACCCGCAAACAGUAAUCUUGACUUGCAACCUGUGACGUACUGCGAAUCUGCCUUCUGGUGCUCUAUCUCGUACUAUGAGCUGAACCAACGUGUAGGAGAGACCUUUCAUGCUUCCCAGCCCUCCCUCACAGUAGAUGGAUUCACAGACCCCUCCAACUCUGAGCGCUUCUGUCUGGGCUUGCUGUCCAACGUCAACCGCAACUCAGCAGUAGAGCUCACACGCAGACACAUAGGACGGGGUGUGAGGUUGUACUACAUUGGGGGAGAGGUGUUUGCAGAGUGUCUCAGUGACAGUGCCAUCUUUGUUCAGAGUCCCAACUGCAACCAGCGCUACGGCUGGCAUCCUGCCACUGUCUGCAAAAUCCCUCCAGGCUGCAACCUGAAGAUCUUCAACAAUCAGGAGUUUGCUGCCCUGCUCGCCCAGUCAGUCAAUCAGGGCUUUGAGGCUGUCUACCAACUCACAAGGAUGUGUACCAUUCGCAUGAGUUUUGUCAAGGGUUGGGGAGCUGAGUACAGACGUCAGACAGUGACCAGCACCCCGUGUUGGAUAGAGCUGCAUCUCAAUGGCCCUUUGCAGUGGCUGGACAAAGUCCUCACACAGAUGGGCUCUCCCAGCAUCCAUUGCUCCAGUGUGUCAUAGGAGCAGUCCUCCGUCCCAUCCACACACUUAAACACAAACCACAUAGGAAAACUCAAGCGUCUGUCAGUGAUAAUAAGGAAAGAGACGCCAUUUAUCAAAUUGUCAAUUCACUCUGCUCCCUAGCUGUCUCUAACGUUUCACCUCAGAUGUACAGCACUUUCCUUAGUACCCCUUUCUCCAUUUGAUGGUUAUUUUAGGACUUGCACAUUGUUUUCUUUUCAUUAGUUCAACAGGCAACCACAGGGUAUUUGCAGUAGGUUUCAAAAGAAUAAACACAUUUUCUUCAUUAUUCAUUCAGACAUCAUGUCUAUGCUUUUUUUUAAAUAUAUAUAAAGGGGAUUGAAAUGUUUGUUUUCCAAGUUGAAGUUAUGGCACAGUUUCACCUUGGUCAUCAUCUACAUGUUUUAAAACAUUUUUGAUUCUAUGAAUUAGCUAAAAUUAUGAUACCAGCACUGGUGUGUCAGUGUCCCAGAACCACUCUUUGUAAUCACUGAAUUGGGAGGCUUAUAUGUCAAUUGGACCAUGAAUUAACAUGAAAAAUGUAAUUCUGAGUAGUGAUUAAAUAGAAUAUAUUUAAUUAAUAUUUUAAGUACAAGGUACUUUGCCCAUAUUGAUUUAUCUGUAUUAAUGAAAGCAUCAAUUAUCUGAUUGAUCAUUUAAUUGGUAUUUUAUCUAUUUUAAACAAAAUAUAGACAUUAGCACCAUUGUUUCUUGACAAGAACCCUUGUAUGAAAACUAUUUUGCUCAGUGAAAGAGACAUUUUAUAAGUUAUUUUUGCAUACUGUCCUGCAUGGGAAUAUAUUUUUAUUAUUGCCUCAAUAUGAUUGUACAUAAAUAUUUAUAGCUUGUGAUUUCUUGUAGUCAUGCAUUGCUUGAAACAGUGUACCUGACUGACCUCUGGCAUGAGUAGAUUCACAAAAAGACUUUAAUGAUCCAAAACUUGGCCUGCUUAAAUGCAGGCUUUUCUAACCCGGGUCAACUGGUUCUUAAGUGUAACACAUAGGAUUAUUGUACCAGCUCUUACUGUUAUUGCAUAAUGGGGACAUAUGACAUACAGUAUUAGUCAUCAUAGUGGACUGAUUGAAUUUAGGCACCGUGUGAAUUCAGUGUGAAGGGUACUCAGUAGCAGUGGUUCCUCCAUCUACGAAAAUGAGAAGUGAAAACAUAAAUGCAGGUCUUUUCACAUAUUAACAACUGUUAGCCAGUAGUACACUAUUCUCCUUGUGGGUAAAUGAUGCACUUCAAGUUUAAUGUGUUGAUCAGUGUAAAGCUUUAGUUCUAGUGGUAAUUUGCUUGUCCAAUAAAUACUGUAUAUUACAUGUACAUUGCUACAGUAUAAGGCAUGUGUAAUAUGCUCACUGUCCUUGGUCAUUGUCUAUGAAGCCACCAUGUUAAUCUUGCACAUACUUGCAGUACAUAAGACUAAGUCACCAUGUUAUCUAUUUAAAACGUUACAUGGUGCUAAACUGACAUACUGUGUACUGCAGUGCAUUAGGUAGUUGGUAGAUCUGUAUCAGUACUUGUGUUCCUCGAUAUUCUCAAUUGGUGGUUUUCUGUUCCAAGUCUUAUGUACAUGUUUAUUUCAUGUAGCCUAAUAUUUGUUCUCAAAUGACCAUUGUUUUGUUAUCUGUGAAAAUUUAAUAAAUUGCA